AUGGAAGUCUUUCCGGGGCUUAAAGACCUUAUACCAUGGCUCAUUGAUGACAACCCAAACUACCGCCUGACCUUUGCUCAUAUCGAGGGGUCUCCAGGCUCAGGCAAGGCAAUCAAAUUACCAAGGCAAAUCCUCGAUUCGCGUGAAAUUCUUGAUCGUCACCGUACCACUAUUGUUCAAGUUCUUCCCGGCUUCAAGAGGAAUGCAGUGGUCCAAGGUCAAGGGUCUUGGUCCCCGGACCAUAAACUCAAGAAAGGCCAGUAUCAACCAGUGCUGAAGGUUCAGACAUACCGCGAAAUAUUAGAAUAUCUCAAGAUCGGCUACCGGGAAAAGAAAUAG